AUGCAGAGUCCAGCCGGUGAUGGACAUUUUCCUCACGAAGGAGUGUCAUCUCAACACGCAUAUGACGAAGACAAUCCCUUUUAUCUCCAUCAUUCAGACAAUCCUGAUACGGUUCUUGUUUCCCAACCCUUAACUGGUGAAAACUAUGAAGUUUGGCAUCGUGCUAUGAUAAUUGCUUUGGCAGCCAAGAACAAACUUGGUUUUGUCGAUGGUUUUAUUCCUAAACCAACAUCUCCUAAAUCUCUUGUUGUUUCUUGGGGGCGAUGCAACAAUAUGGUUUUGUCUUGGCUGCUGAAUUCUCUUCAUAAAACCUUGUCGUCAAUAGUGGUUUUUGCUAACAACGCAGUGCAUGUUUGGACUGAACUUAAAAUUCGGUUUUCUCAGUCCAAUGCUCCUAGACUUUAUCAGAUACAAAUGCAGAUUAUUAACUGCAAACAAUUGCAGUGCUCCAUUAGUGUUUAUUAUACUCAACUUAAAUCUCUAUGGGAUGAGUAUAAUUCAUAUGUUAUUUUGCCUACAUAUGAUUGUGGUGCCAUGCGACAAGUUAAGGAGAUAUAUGAACAACAGCGUUUGCUUGAAUUUUUAAUGGGGCUCAAUGAAAGCUACACUGCUAUUCGCAGCCAAAUUCUUCUUAUGGAGCCAUCGCCUUCUAUUCCACGUGCUUAUGCUUUACUUGUUCAAGAAGAGCGUCAACGAGAAGUCCACGUUUCUCUACCAUCUGAAAGUAUUUCUGCCAUCUGA